AUGGACCGCAAGAAGUUGCUGCUUUCGGUCCUAGGAAAAUAUCCAAAUCUUAAAAAACUGAAGAAAAUCCAUGCCCAGGCAACAACUUUGGGGCUACUGCAACACCAUAACCAAGCCUUGUCCUGCAAAAUACUCACCACCUACGCCAAUCUCAACUAUCCAAAUGAUGCAACCAAAGUCUUCAACCAAAUCCACAACCCAGACAUAGUUUCAUGGACUUGUCUCAUUACCCUUCUCUCACAACACAAAAAUCCCUUCAAAUCUGUCUUAGCCUUUUCGCAGUUAAUACGUGCCGGUUUAAGACCCGACAGUUAUUCUGUCGUCGCUGCCUUGUCAGCUUGUGGUAAAGACAGAGAUUUGAUUAGUGGAAUGUUAAUUCAUGGACUUGUUUUGAAAUAUAACUUGGCUUUUAAGAAUCAAAUUGUUGGCAAUGCUCUUAUUGAUAUGUAUAGUAGAAAUGGUGAAAUUAUGGUGGCUGAACUAGUGUUUGAUUGGAUGUUGUUUAGAGAUGUUGCUUCUUGGAACAGUUUGUUGAAUGGUUUUAUUUUAUGCAACGAUUUGGAGGCUUCUCACCGGGUAUUUGAUAAAAUGCCUGUGAGAAAUGCAGUUUCUUGGUCGGCUUUGAUAUCUGGGUAUGUAAAAGGGAAGGAACCGUUGGUUGGAAUGAAGCUUUUCAAGGAAAUGAGAAGUCAAGGGGAAGUUAAUCCUACAAUUGUUACCAUUGUAGCGGUUCUUGCUGGCUGUGCUGAUAAUGGGGGUCUUUAUUUUGGUGGGAGUGUUCAUGGUUAUGUUAAGAAAGUGAAUUUGGGCGAAAAUAAUAUUGUUUUGAACAAUGCUUUGACGGAUAUGUAUUCAAAAUGCGGAUACCAUGAUGUUUCUGUGAUGAUUUUUAAUGAAAUGGUGGAAAGAGAUGUGUUUUCUUGGACUAUAAUGAUAAAUGGAUGUGCAUUUCAUGGGAAAGGAAAACAAGCUUUGCAGCUAUUUUCUGACAUGUUAGCAUCAGGCGUUGCACCAAAUGAGGUGACCUUUUUGUCUGCUCUAUCCGCUUGUACCCAUGAAGGAUUGUUCGUUGAGGGGCAGGAGUUGUUUAGGAAUAUGGUUCAAUGCUAUGGUUUAAAACCCAUGAUUGAGCAUUAUGGAUGUGUAGUGGACCUUCUUGGCCGAGCUGGGCUAUUGGAAGAAGCAAAAAUAUUAAUUAAACAAAUGCCAAUGUCGCCAGAUGUUGCUAUUUGGAGGUCAUUCCUUUGUGCUUGUUUAAUCCAUGGGGAAUUGGAUUUAGCAGAGAUGGCAGGAGAGAAGCUUAUGAAACUAGAACCAGAUGAUGAUGGGGUGUAUGCACUUGUGUCACAUAUGUAUUGUACUUCAAAUAGGCACGAAGAUGGUUUGAAGAUUAGGAAGAAGAUGAGAAAUAAGAAGAUAAGGAAAAGACCUGGGUGUAGUUGGAUUGAGGUGAAUGGUAGUGUUCAUGAAUUUCUUGCUGUAGAUAGAUCAUAUGUUGCUGCUACUCACAUUUAUCGGAUUCUACAAUGCAUUAAUGAACCCCACAGAGAAUUUCUUUGGUUAGAGUUGGAAUGA